AGGAGCGUUCGCGUCAGCACUUCACUCAGCGAGCUCUGUAUGCUGGUAGUCUGUGAGGCAUCAUCGCCGGUCACGUCUGACACUCCUCAGUCGCUGAAUGACAGUUAAUUUCGAAGUAUGAAUUUGGACGCGGCAUGUUGUUGUAUUCUUGGAUGACGCCCGUUCAACUUUAAAUGACCGCAGACAGCCACGCCUUUUGACACUGCGAACCGGCACCGGCUUUCUCCCGUCUUUCAGUCCUAUUAUUGUUCAUUUGUUCGAGGAUUUAAGUGCGACUGCUUUUUAAUAGGCCUAUUCGUUUACACCAUGACGCCGUUGCGCGCGUGUCUGGCGCGGCGGACUCUGAGCUGAUCAUGGAUUGCGCGUUCUCUUGCUGCGUUUCUCACUGUAAUCAGAGCCUUUCUCAAUGGAUGAGGAAAUAGACACCCGCAAGAUCAACAACAGCUUCCUCCGAGACCACAACUAUGCAACUGAAGCUGACAUCAUAUCCACGGUUGAGUUCAACUCUACAGGAGAGCUCCUGGCCACUGGGGACAAAGGCGGACGAGUGGUGGUCUUCCAGAGAGAACAGGAGAGCAAGAACCAUCCUCACCGUCGGGGGGAGUACAAUGUUUACAGCACCUUUCAGAGCCACGAGCCAGAGUUUGACUACUUGAAAAGCCUGGAGAUCGAGGAGAAGAUAAACAAAAUCCGCUGGCUGCCUCAACAGAAUGCUGCCUAUUUCCUCCUCUCCACCAAUGAUAAAACUGUGAAGCUAUGGAAAAUCAGCGAGAGAGAUAAGCGACCAGAGGGCUACAAUCUGAAGGAUGAUGAUGGAAGGAUACGGGACCCCACCACCAUCACAGCUCUAAAGGUGCCUGUGUUGAGGCCCAUGGAUCUGAUGGUGGAGGCAACACCUCGUCGUAUUUUUUCUAAUGCACACACCUAUCACAUCAACUCCAUCUCGGUCAACAGCGACUAUGAGACAUAUAUGUCCACAGAUGACCUGAGAAUCAACCUGUGGAACCUGGAGAUCACGAACCGAAGCUUCAAUAUUGUGGACAUUAAGCCAGCCAACAUGGAAGAACUGACUGAGGUGAUCACAGCGGCUGAGUUUCACCCCAACCAGUGCAAUACUUUUGUCUAUAGUAGCAGUAAGGGCUCCAUAAGAUUGUGUGACAUGAGAGCCUCCGCACUCUGUGACAACCACUCGAAGUUAUUUGAGGAACCAGAAGACCCCAGUAAUCGCUCCUUCUUCUCAGAGAUCAUUUCCUCAGUCUCAGACGUGAAGUUCAGCCACAGCGGACGAUAUAUGAUGACCCGUGACUACCUCACAGUGAAGGUGUGGGAUGUCAACAUGGAGAACAAACCUCUUGAAACUUACCAGGUCCAUGACUACCUUAGAAGUAAGCUAUGCUCUCUGUAUGAGAACGACUGCAUCUUCGACAAAUUUGAAUGUGUCUGGAAUGGGACUGACAGUGUCCUAAUGACAGGCUCCUACAACAACUUCUUCCGUAUGUUUGAUCGAAACACUAAGCGGGACGUGACUCUGGAGGCCUCGCGGGAGAACGGCAAACCCCGAGCCAUCCUCAAACCACGCAAGGUUUCUGUUGGUGGCAAACGCCGCAAAGACGAGAUCAGUGUGGACAGUCUGGACUUCAGUAAGAAGAUCCUUCACACGGCUUGGCACCCCAAUGAGAACAUCAUCGCAGUUGCCGCCACCAACAACCUUUAUAUAUUUCAGGACAAGGUCAACUAGCAUGUAGCUAGC